AUCCGGGAACGAGUCGAUGACCUUCGCCGGCCCGCAGCUUUCCGCGCCUGCUCCUUCCGCGGCUGUUGGGGCCCACAGCACGGAACAAGUGAUGUCAACAAUGAUGGAAAUGAUUUUGCAAACGCAGCGAAUGCAGGAGGAAACAAAUAAAACAAUAAUCGAAACGCUUCGAUCUUUCCCACGUGCUGAUCCCACCGGCGAUUUCAGGACGUCGACUCCCUCGACGACUUCGGUUCAGAGAAGCUCAACAGCCCCUGCCGUGGUCGCCGCCCCGCCGGGAAACUUCACUAAGUGUACUGCGCGGUUCAACGGGAAGUCACGCGACGCCGAGAAGCUGGAAGCUUUUUUGGAUGCCGUGGAAGUUUACAAAGAAUGCGCGGAUGUGAGCGACCAGCACGCGCUGCGAGGCCUGAGUAUGCUGUUGGAGGACGACGCGGCUCUCUUCUGGCGCAGCGUCAAGGACAACGUCACGACAUGGGCAGAGGCCGUCGCGCGGCUGCGAGCUAUGUACGGCACUCAGUUGCCGCCGUACAAAAUCUUCCGCGAAGUUUUUCGUACUGAACAAUCUGAAAGUGAACGUGCCGACGGAUUUAUAUCACGAUUACGUGCCCUCAUAGUGAAGCUGCCGUACAAAGUGCCGGAUGCAAUGCAGAUAGACAUGGUGUACGGGUUAUUACAUAGGCGGAUACGAAAAAGACUGUCACGCGAUACUAUUACUUCGAUGAACAUUUUUGUAGAAAAAGUGCGAGCCACGGAGGACGCGAUCGCGGAGACCAAUAAAUUGUCCCUUAUAUCUCCGUCUUCUACGGUAAAAAAUGUAAACAAACCCGCGAAUGUUAAAAACCUAACUACGAGUUCGUCCCCUACUACCGGUUCAGUAGUCACGAAUAACUCGAAUCUGCAAUCGAAACGCACCCGGGUGCGAUGCGCUCAUUGUAAAGUGUACGGGCAUACGGUCGAAAAUUGCCGAAAUCUACAAGGUAAAGGCGAGAACAUCGGUAAGUCAGAUUUGCAUAAUUCUAGUACCUUAAGGUGUUAUGGAUGUGGCCAACAGGGAGUUAUAAAAUCGAGAUGCAAGACAUGUUCGAGUUCGCAUACAAACGCAGCUGGUUCUCAAUCAGCUGAUUUCAAUACAUUGUCUUGUAAACUAUCUUCUAACAACAUGUCAUGCAACUCGAAUUAUCGCACAUGUCAUCGUGAUUCAAAUGAGGAUAUCAUUUUUCUAAAUAAUCACGACAUCGAAAAUAUUUUUUCCGAUAAUUUUGAUAUACAGUGUGUUUUUGAUGAGCGUUCGGAUAUACAGGAUGUCGUAAGUGAAAAUGUCACAAGUGUUCAGGAAGACAAAAUUCGGUGUUCUGAACACCGUACAAACAAUUAUUUUCGCGAUAUACAGGAUGUUUCCAACGAAAAUUCGAAUUUUAAAAACUGUAUUACAAAUGAUAUUAUAAAUCUACAGGAACAUUUUAUCGAAUACUCGGAGCAAAAUUACUGUAAUUAUACCCGGGAUUCGUUUAGUGUACACAGUGGUAAUAUAAAAAAAUCUGACACUUGCGACAAAUUUACUAAUAUCGAUGCGACUUUACUUCCUACCGUAUCUAUUGAUGUUUCGGGCCGCGAAGGGGUGGCCAUCAUUGAUACCGGCGCAACUCACUCCAUAGCUAGCACCAAGCUGUACUCCAUAUUAGUAGAACAAGGUGUCCAAUUUUUAGACACAGAGCGAACAAUAAGAUUAGCCGAUGGUACGCAUAGUCAAAAGAGAUUACUUACCGCCGACGUGAAUGUCACUAUUGGAGGUCGUAAGAUAAUCGUUGAAGAUAUGCUUGUUUUGCCAGGGGCUUCAACCAAAACGUUAUUAGGCCGUAAAUUCGUAAAAAAAGCCAAUAUUAUUUUGGAUAUUCCACAUGAUGUGUGGUAUUUUCGGGAUAAGCCUGAACAAACUUUUGAUUUUGUUAAAUCCUAUUUCCUCACCGGUCGCGCUUCAGUUGCUGAAGUCAAUAAUUUAAACGGAGCGUUUUUACUUGCCGACGAGGGAAACCAGCUAACUUCAGAAGAAAGAAUCAGGCUGAGCGAUUUCAUCAAAAGUAAGGCAGACCAAUUUAAAUCUGAGGGUCCUGCCACGGACUUUGCUACGCACCGCAUCAAGGUGAAUGAGUCCCAAGAACCCAUUGCUUCUCCUCCUUACCGUAUGUCAGAAAUACGUAAGAAAGCACUCAGGGAGGAAUUAGAUAAGUUGUUACGUGCAGAUAUAAUUGAAGAAUGUGAAUCAGCAUGGGCAUCAAAUGUUGUAUUAGUUCCAAAGAAGGACGGAAGUUUCAAGUUUUGUGUAGACUAUCGCAAAUUAAACGCUGUCACAGAGCCUGACCGGUAUCCAUUACCGAGGAUCGAAGAUGUACUUCACGCCGCCAAAUCGACGAAGUACAUGAGUACACUCGACCUCAGAUCCGGAUUUUUUCAGGUUAACCUUCAUCCAGAUGACCGUGACAAGUCCGCGUUUACGACGCCUCUAGGAACCUUUCGUUUCAAGCGUAUGCCGAUGGGUCUUCGAAAUUCCGGUGCCACAUUCCAACGUUUGAUGGACCGAUUCAAGUCAAACUUACCUGGCGUUACACUUAUUGCAUAUUUGGACGAUUUGCUGGUUUUGUCAGAGGGUUCCUUGGAAAAGCACUUAGCUGACCUGCAGAUAGUCUUUGAUAGGCUCAAGAUGUUCAACCUUCUUGUCAACCGCGAAAAAAGUCGUUUUGCGAGAGACUCUGUAAAAUUUCUGGGUCAUGUUAUCGUUCCAGGAGGAAUACAUGUUGAUCCUGACAAAACUGCAGCUAUAACCAAUAUGAAUAUCCCACAAAACAUUAAGCAUUUGAAAUGUUUUCUUCAAACUUCUAGUUGGUUUCGUCGUUUUAUUCCCGACUAUGCUAACAUAGCCAAACCCCUAACCUUCUUAUUGAAAAAAGGAAGUGCAUGGCGAUGGGAGACGGAGCAACAGGCUGCAUUUGACCACAUUAAGGAAUUACUUGUGUCUGCGCCUAUAUUACGUCAAGCGGAUGAGUCGAAACCAUUUAUUCUUCGGACUGACAGCAGUGGAUACUGUCUAGGAGCGGCUCUAAUGCAGGGGGAGGGAUUUGAGGAACGCCCCAUAGAGUACGCAAGCCGCCUUCUAACCGAUGCUGAACGAAACUAUACAACUACUGAGCGCGAGGCCUUGGCAGUCGUGUGGGCUGUAGGCAAAUUCCGCGGAUAUAUCGAAGGAUCUGAAAUCAUCGUCAAGUCCGACCAUCAGCCUCUGCGUUGGCUGAUGAGCCUGAAGUCUCCAAGUGGACGUUUAGCCAGAUGGGCUUUAACUCUCCAAGAGUAUAAUUUAAAAAUCGAAUAUACUCCUGGACGAGCCAACGUCAUCGCUGACACGUUGUCGCGGCCAGUAUGUGCCGAUAACGUCCAAUGUGAUGUAUGCCUGGCAACAGUGGAUGUCCCAGCUCGAAAAGCUAGUGAUAUAAGGGAGAACCAGAUGAAAGAUCCGGAAAUUCGCAAAAUACUGGAAGACAUGGAAUGUGAGGACCCAUUUAAAGGAAGAUCCUGGACGGACAGAGGAUACAUCACAUCAGACGGUAUCCUAUACCGCUAUGGCCCAGAAGGCGAUGAAGGCGACGAAGCAUGCCUUGUUGUGCCGAGCCACGAGCGACCUAAAGUGUUGGCUGAUUUUCAUGAUGCGCCCACAGCAGGUCACUUUGGAAUGGAACGCACGUUAGCUCGUUUACGAACCCGCUUUUACUGGCCGAACAUGCGGAAAUAUGUAGCUGAUUACAUUAAAAAAUGUAUAUCAUGUCAGAGGUAUAAGGCUGACAAUAGAAAACCCACCGGCCUUCUACAAACACCUGCAAUGUCUAGACGCUUCGAGGUAUUGUCAGUUGACCUGUUUGGCCCCUUACCCGUUACCGCUCAACGUAACCGAUGGAUCCUGAUCGUUGAAGACGUUUGUUCGCGAUGGGUAGAGCUAUUUCCUCUAGAAAACGCAACUAGUCUCGAAUGCGCCAAAAUUCUUAUGAACGAGAUUUUUUAAGGU